AUGGAGGGCUAUCACCCAGAGCUGAAGGUGAUACUUGAUGAUGGAAACUACACGUACUGGAAGGCGAGGACGAGAGCAAAUAUUCAAUGUAUUGAUGAGGCCUGGUACUUGACUGAACAUGGAUGGAAACCACCUACAGUCACGAUUGAAGGAGUAACUACAGCGUGCCUCGAGAACGCUGGACUACAGCCCAACGUGAUGAUUACAAGUUCAAUGCUAGAGCACUGGCACAGAUCAAUGAUCCACUUUGAAGGGACAAGUCAAGUUCAAAGCUCAAGGAAGGAUCUAUUGGCAACUAAGUUUGAGAAUAUGAGGAUGGAGGAACAUGAGUCAAUUGCUGACUUUAGCUCGAAACUUAGCUCACUCGUUCAGGAGUCUCGUACCCUGGGAAAGCUACACGAACUGGAACUAGGAGGUGUCAAAAAGGCUAAGGGUAUUGCACUCAUAUCAACGGAGAAACAGUUGGAAGAAGAGCCUGAAGAAGACAGUAUCAGUCUCUUGGAAGCCUAUGACAAGAACGAGGGGGCGAGUAAAACCGAGUCACAGUGUCAUGAAUGCAAGGGAUAUGGACACUUCAAGACCGACUGCCCCACUGUCAAGAGGAGAAGCAUUACUUGCUACAAGUGCAAAGGAAUAGGUCAUACACAACAAGAAUGUGAGUAUGAUGAGAAGAUGGGGAAGUCGAUGAUGGGCGUUGCUGAUGAAGAUUCUGAAGGAGAGUCUGAAGAUGAGGAAGAAGUCAAUGAUGAAUCUGAAGUUGAUAUCCAUGAAAGCUAUAAGGAAGUUCGUAAUGCCUUGGUAGAAGUUGGGAAGGAAAACAUUGAGCUCAAGAAGGAGAAUACUCGUCUUACUGCACGAGUUGACGAACUUCAGAAAGCACUUCAAGCCGAGAAGGAUCUCAACAUGGAUAAUCUUAACAUCGUGCUUGAAAAGAUGGAUGCAGUUAAACGAGCAGACGACAUUACCAAGGAGUACUUUCUGGAAAAGGAGAAUUCCAGAAAUCUACAAGCUGAAUUGGAUCAACACAGAAAGCAACUCAAGAUGCUGACUGGUACUAAGGAACUCGACAAGAUUCUGAGCAUUGGCCGUGUAGGGAAGUCAAAUCUUGGUCUAGGAUACACAACCAGCAGUGUUACAACUGGCAAGAAUGUCAAGUUUGUCUCUGGAGGGUUGGCUCAGGAUGUCCAUCAAGCAGAUACUAAGACACCAGCUCAGAAACUUGAUUCCAUUCUCAAAACUGGGAAUCGAGGGAAGAGCACCAUGGGACUGGGAUAUGAUUCUUCUCCAACUCGCAAUCCGAAAGGAUUUCAGAGUCCAAGAGGAAAACAUCAAGGAAAGGAGUGCUAUUUCUGUGGGUCCUUAGGACAUAUCAGGGCUUUCUGCAACAAGUACUGGGCUAGAGUCGACUAUGCAUGGAAACGAGGACGCUAUCAUUGGAAUCGUCAUCUAAACCAGUUCUUCAUCAGAAAAUCGGAUCUAUAUCAGAAUCCUGCCCGACGUACAUCAACUGGUGGUUCAAGACAGCGUGUCUACUCCAACAUGGCCUUACUUGAAGAAAUCGACGAAGCUGACAACACUGGACCAUGGUACUUCGAUAGUGGAUGCUCCAGACACAUGACAGGAGUCAAAGAAAAUCUUCAGGAAGUGAAGAAGCUAAAAGGAGGGAAGGUCACUUUUGGAUGUGGAACCAAAGGGAAUGAUUCAAGGCAAGGACGCACCUCUGAUGAGCAACCACAGCUUAUGAACGUCUAUCUCGUUCAAGACAGUCUACGAGGAGUUCGUUCAGGCAACAACUGCUACAUGUGGGAUCAAUCUGCUAAGUGCUUAAGUGUCCGAGAUGAUGUUGAACUAUGGCACAAACGAUUGGGUCACAUGAAUGUUCGACAUCUCACCGACUUGGUGAAUAAGGAGAUUGUUCGUGGUGUUCCGAAGCUGAAGGGAACUGAGAAACUUGUAUGUGGUCCUUGCAAUCAAGGAAAGCAAAUCAAGGUCCAGCACAAGAAGGUGGCAGAUGUACAAUCCAAGACUGUUUUGGACUAG